AUGGCUAAGAGAAAGAGCGGCGAUUUCUCCAAGAAAACCAACGGCUCGGUCGGGCAGGCUGCUGCCGUUGAGACUGCGUUGCCCGCUAAGAAGCAGAAGGUGAUUGCAUCUCUGGCUGAUUUGUCUGAGGAAGAAGAUGAUUUCGACAGCGAUGAGCAGGAUCAGGAUGACGAUGGUGAGGAAGAUGAAGAUGAGGACGAGGAAAUGGAUGAGGAUGAGGAAGAUGACGAGGAAGAAAAUGGAGAUGCUAGUCAGACUCGGUCCAAAUCCAAGCAGUCUAUCUCUGCUCAGGAUGUUCAGAUUGCUAGAGAGACUUCAGAGCUUUUCAAGUCCAAUAUUUUCAAGAUGCAAAUUGAUGAGCUGCUCACUGAAUUGGCACUGUCUGAAAAGUAUACUCAGUCGCUAGAUAAGUUCUUGUUCCAGCUCAACCAUGUUCUGCAGCAGAGUUCUUCAAGGGAGCAGGAACUGUCCCUUGGUCAAGCUGUUAAGCUCGUUUCAUCUAAAAAACUCGCUAUCCCGUUUCCUGAUCCUAAACCGUCUCCUGACAUUAAAUACAAGUUCAAGAUUGCUCAUCCAGAAAGUAUUAAUAUUGUCGGUAGUUAUUCGAUUAAAACUGCUGUUACCCAACCAGAAGGCGUGUCCAUUGAUCUACUUAUUACUAUGCCUUCUUCCUUGUUCCAGGAAAAAGACUAUGUUAAUUACCGUUACUUCCACAAACGUGCAUUUUACGUCGCUUAUAUCGCUUCAAUUAUCAGGGCUGACGAGUCUCUGCCCGUCAAUGUCUCAUACACUCUUCAACAUGACGACCCUUUAAAACCUAUUAUUAGACUUACAUUCACUGAUUCAAAACUUGCCAAACGAUUCAACAUCAAUGUUGUUUUCGGAGUUGCUCCCACCACUUUUGAAUCUCGUAAACUGUCACCAGAAAGAAACUGUGUCAGACUUCAACAGGAUUCUACUGCCGAUAAUAACAGUGCAAAGAUGCUGCCACCCACUCCGCUGUAUAACUCAUCACUAUUAUCCGACACUACUUAUUCUUCAUAUCUCGAAUUCAUUCACAGAGCUUGUCAUCAGUGUGAGGCAUUCAAAGACGCUGCUAAGUUGGGUCGUUUGUGGCUCCGUCAACGUGGUUUCGACUCGUCUCCAAGACAUGGUGGUUUCGGUCAUUUUGAAUGGUGUUUGUUAAUGGCUGCUCUUUUACAAGGAGGUGAUCGAUCUGGUUCAUCAAAGGUAUUAAUGGCCGGUUAUAGUAGUUACCAACUUUUCAAGGCUACUCUGACCUUCCUGGCCAACAACGACAUUUCUGGUCGUCUGGGACUAUCUUUCUCUACCGUAAAGGGCCAGAAUACAAAGCUGGAGAGUUUAAAGCAGUUUGUUCCUCAGUCGCCUGUUCCUGGUACUGCUGCUUUUCUCUUUGAUAGAGACUCGAAACUCAAUGUAUUUUACAAGGUGUCCGCCUGGAGUUAUUCUCUGUUGCGUCAUGAAGCUGCUGUAACCAGUGACCUGUUGAGUGAUGUAGUUAAAGACCGGUUUGAUGCCAUUUUCCUUGAGAAACUGACUGUUCCCCAACUACGAUAUGACGCUUUCUUUACUGUAACCUUCCCUGAUUUCAACAAUACUAUAUUCAGUCCAUUAAACAGGAUCAAUUACCGGUCUUAUCAACACUUUUGUGUUGAGAAGCUGGCCAAAGUAUUGAAGUUUGGUUUAGGUUCACGUGCAAGACAGUUAGUAUUUACUCCUCUUCCCUCUUUAUACUCGACUAAUGCUUCAUCUUCGUCGUGGAGUAUAUCCAAGCGCAAGGGUAUGUUCGAGGAGAGUGCCAUAGCUGUCGGUGUUAUUUUGGACCCCCAGGAAUGUGAGAAACUCGUUACUCAUGGACCACCAUCAGAGGACGCUAGUGCUGCUGAGAAGUUCCGUCAGUUCUGGGGCAAAAAAAGUGAGCUUAGAAGAUUCCAAGAUGGUAGUAUUAUGGAAUCCGUCGUUUGGAAGCACAGUCCAACAAAACCAGUAGUCAAUUCUAUUGUUGAGUAUAUUCUUUAUCGCCACUUUAAGGGUUCAGAGAUUGAAAAUACCCAUGACAACAUCCUCAAGUACCUACCUCUUCAACCUAGAUUCCCUGGUCACAAAGAGCGAUCGGUUAUUUCGACCCAACUCUUCCAAAUCAAGUACCAAGCAUUCCAGCAAACCGCUAAUAUCAUUCAAAACUUGUCAGAGCUUCCACUCAGGAUUCGCUCUGUCCUUCCUGCAUCUUCGUCACUUCGUUAUACCAGCAUUUCUGAGCCAUGUGCCUAUGACUUCACUUCGGAUGACAGCAUAGCCCUGGGUAUUAUCGAGUUUGAGUCGUCCAGUAGAUGGCCCGAUGAUGUUAAUGCUUUAGAAAAGACCAAAACUGCCUUCCUUCUGAAAAUAGCCGACCAGCUGAGAAAGCAGGAAAAGAACAUGGUUGUGCUUGUCGGUGUUGAGUCUGCUGACGAUUUCAUUCCUAAUGGUCCUGAUGAGGUUGGCUUCCUACAAGUUCAGACCGCUCAAGGCUACUCCUUCAAGUUCAGAAUCAGAAACGACCGUGAUGAGCAGCUCUAUCAGCGUCUGAAUGAGGAAAAACAUCAACAAAAUACCUCAGUCCAUCUAUAUCAGCAAAAGUAUUCUGAAGUCACCACUCACAAUCGUGUUAUCCAUACCUUGAGUUUGAGAUAUCCCUAUUAUUCUGCUACUGCUCGUAUGCUCAAGGUUUGGUUUAAAUCGCACCUUUUGGCCAGUCACGUUCGCGACGAGGUCGUAGAGUUAUUGGCGCUGAAGCCAUUCUUAGAUUCGUCUCCUUAUGUUCCUCCUAGUAGCGCUGUGACUGCCUUUUACCGGGUAUUAGCGUUCUUAUCGACAUGGGACUGGCGUGAGGAACCUCUUGUUCUUGACACUGAAAAGGCUUCCGAUGCUAGUAAGGACGAUGUCGUUGCUACUACUUUAUCCGCUGUUGAAGGAACUGCCAUGUCAUUGCCAUUCUACCAGAAAAUCUCUGAUGCAUUUUCCAAGCACAGAACACAAGAUCCAGCUCUCACACUCGCCCCAAUGUUUAUUGGAACAAAGUACGAUCCUACUGGAACUCUGUGGACACAGCAAAUUCCCCGUUCUGAAGUUGGAAAGAUUGUUGCUGCCCGUACAACCGCUUUAGCUAGAGCUGUUGAUCAUAUGUUGACAUCGGGUCAUGUUGACCAAUCGCUCAUGUUUACUAGUUCAUUGGUUGAUUUUGAUAUCCUCAUUCACAUCAAGAAUCCAUCCUCUGCUGGAGACGUCGAUGCGGGGUAUAAGAAUCUUCAAUUACCAAGGCCCGUCGAAGACUUGGAUGAGUUGGUUGAAAAGUCUGUUAAUAUUGGUCUUGAGUUUUAUAAGGAUCUCGCCAAGAAAUAUCAGGACACUCUUAUUCUAUUCUACAGUGGAUCACCAGAUGAUAAGACAUGUGAAGAACAGAUCAUCGCUGGUCUCUGGAAGAGAGAGAUUCUUCAGCCUCAAAAGUUCAAGGUCAAUCAUAACUUCUCAACCAUUCCAACCAAGUCAAACGUUGUCGAACUGAACAAAGACGCUAUCAUCGAAGAGAUUGCAAGAAUUGGUGGUGAUCUUGUAGUCAAGAUUGACGUGUAA